CGGUAUGAUUUCCAAGUUAACUCCCGCUAUUCUCCUGGGUCUUGCACUCCGUAGCACUGCUUGCGCGGACGAUCACUUGCACGCUCGCGACAGCCAUGCUCAUGAACAUUUGGAAAGGCGUGAGUACCCGCAGGUUCCACUCACACCUCCAUACCGUCCUCUUGUCUGGGGAGACUUGAACGUAAUCCACACCACCGAUACCCAUGGUUGGCUACUCGGGCACCAGAAGUCGUCCUGGGCUGAACCAUACUACAGUGGGGAUCUCGGAGACUUUGCUAGCUUUGUGACCCACAUGAAGCAAAUCGCCCUCGUUCACUCAGGUGAUCUACAUGACGGUAUGUGCAAUUACUCAUUGUCUGAAACACAAUCCAACUCACGUUUCCCAGGAACCGGUCUUUCUGAUGGAUAUCCUCCCGGUGAUGUCGACGCACACGAGUCAAACAAGUUCAUUGAGCGCCUCCCCUACGAUCUCAUGACCAUCGGAAACCACGAAUUGUAUGGUUAUGCGGAUACGUAUGAUAUGUAUACCAACUUUGUCCCCCACCUCGCUGGGCGGUACUUGACCUCUAACGUCAACAUCACCGUUUUUAAUUCAGACGGCGAGCCUGAGAGUGUCCCAGUAGGCAACCGUUACACCAAGUUCACAACACGGAAAGGCCGUCGUAUCACUUCUCUUGGAGUCAUAUUCAAUUUUACUGGGAACGAUGUGAACACGACUGUGCAAGCUGUCGGUGAUAUGGUCAAGGAGCAGUGGUUCGUUGAGGCCAUUGCAGAAGAGCCUGACGCGUUUGUGCUUAUCGGACACAUGCCUGUUUCCAAUGAUAACUGGCCUACCGUUGUCAACGCUCUACGGGCUGUGCAUCCUCUAACACCCAUACUAAUAUUUGGAGGACAUACCCACAUCCGUGAUUGUCGACAGGACGAUGGUCGUUCCAUGGCUAUUGAAAGCGGACGCUACAUGGAAACGAUUGGUGUAAAAUUAGGCGCAGACCUCGAUGCUGCCAAGGGCAACAGUGAUAACGUUACUUUCACAAGGAGAUAUCUUGACCAGAACCGCGUGACCUACGAGUACCACACUCAAACCUCAAACCGAACAUUUGACACCGACCACGGACGAUCGAUCACCCGUGGCCUGGAGGAGCUUGCGGCCCGCUUUAACUUGUCCCACCUGUACGGAACAGCUCAGCAAGAUUAUACCUUGUUUCAUAACCCUUAUCCUUCCAACGGGUCUCUUGUAUCUUUCUUCAUCGAAAAUGCUGUCCCAUACGCACUCGCCAUUAACAAUACUCGCGCUUCCAUUCCAAAUAUCAUGAUUAUCGAUUCAUGGGCUCUACGCUUCGACCUCUUAAAGGGAUCGUUCACCAAGAACGAUCAACUAACAAUCAUGCCGUAUCAGGAUUCGUUCUUAUACAUUGCCAAUGUUACAUCUGGGAUCGCAAACCAACUGCUCCCCGCUAUGAACAAACCGAUGGGGAUACAACAGAAACGAGAUGAAACCCAAGCUGUAUUUUCCAGCCAUAAAAUCGAUGAUACUCCGGAUAGUGCCCGGUUGGAGGAGAUAGACGACCGUCCUGGAGUGGGCGGACAAGCAUCAUUUGGUUAUGUCACGAGAGAUUCAUGCCCCGACGCUGAUAAUGCAGACGAUACACUGCACACCCCGUUGCCCUACUACCCGGUUCCAUCCUACUCUGGCUCAAACCCGCCAAACGUGACGGCCGACACACCUAUUGAUGUUGUCUUCCUGAGCUUCCUUGGAAAGGAGAUUAUCGGCAUCCUCAACGGCUUACAGAAGGAUAAGACUUACACGAUGGCUGAUGUUUCAUCGUAUAGUCCAACGCUGGCUGGCGAUAUACUGGGCCUGUAUGCUCAGGGCAUGUGGAACUGAUG